AUGGCAUUGAGCAAACUAUGGGCAUCAUGGGGAGUGACUCCAGUCGCUGUCAUUGGACAUAGUCUUGGCGAAUAUGCUGCUCUCAAUGUUUCAGGAGUGCUCUCUGAAGCAGAAACGAUAUAUGUUGUGGGAACACGAGCCGCCCUGAUCGAGGAAAAGUGUGAAAAAGACACACGUUCUAUGCUAGUAGUCAAAGGAUCAGUCCAGGAAAUUGCGCUUGUUCUUCGAGACUGUGACUACGAGGUUUCCUGCAUGAACUCUCCAGUGGAAACAGUGCUUAGUGGUCCCAACGAGUGCAUAUCAGCAUCAAAAAAAAUACUGGAGAGCUCUGGAUUGCGAUCAACCCUGCUUAGAGUGCCGUAUGCCUUUCAUUCUUCACAGAUUGAGCAUGUAAUGCCAUUCUUUGAGAAAACGAUCGAAGGCAUCACUUUUUCAAAGCCCAAGGUUCCUAUCUUGCGUCCUUUAGAUGGGAAGAUUGAUCAUGAGGGCGAUUUCGAUUCCAAAUAUCUUGCGGCCCAUGCUCGGGAACCUGUUAAUAUGCUUGAAGCGCUACAAACGGCUCAGAGACAACACCUGAUCACAGAGAAAACGAUUUUAAUCGAGAUUGGUCAACAUCCAGCUGUGUCCGGGAUGGUGAAAGCAGCACUUGGAUCAAAUAUCAAAUCCCUACCUUCGGCUGAACGCUUUAGAUCGGUUUGGCAAACGAUCACAGUGGCCCUAGCUUCUCUGUACCAUGCAGGGAUGGAAAUAAACUGGACAGAGUAUCAGCGUGAUUUUCAGGCCUCUCAAAAGGUGAUUGCAUUACCGGCCUACAGUUGGAACUUGAAAGAUUACUGGAUACAGUACGUGAACGAUUGGUCACUGCGCAAAGGCGACCCACCGUUGAGAAGCAACCAAAUGAUCAAUCUUGAGAGUACGACUAUUCAUCGUGUCAUUGAAGAGACGGCCAGUAGUCAUAGGUUGCAUCUGAUCGUUGAGGCAGACAUUGCGCGCACAGACCUCAGACCGCUCGUCCAGGGACAUGAAGUCGAUGGCAUUCCGCUCUGCACUCCCUCAGUCUACGCAGACAUUUCACUGAAUAUAGGAACAUAUUUGCUUCAGAAAUAUCGUCCGACGCAAGCGGAACGUGUCGUGGAUGUUUCUGAUAUGGCAAUAUCGAAAGCCCUCAUUUUACGAGUCGAUGAGAGCCAGCAGCUCCUCCAGAUCCACGCUGAUGUUGACUGGGCUUCUCAAUCCACCAGUAUCAUUUUUAAGUCUUUUGAUAAGAGCCAGAAACUACAAGAGCAUAGCAGGUGUGUUGUCCGUUUCAAAUCUGAAAAGUUUCAGCAACUUCUUCAGCAUAAAGCGGAGAAUAUAAAAAAAAAGAUGCAGAUCUUACGCGAUGGAGUCGGACCAGGAAUGACUGCACGCUUCAACCGUUCUAUGGUGUAUCGCAUGAUCAGCCCUUUGGCCCGAUUCCACAACGAUUACAAGGCUGUUGACGAAAUUGUGCUCAACAGUGAUACCCUGGAGGCUUCAUGUCGCCUUAGCUUUGGGAGUGUCAGACGCGGUGGAAAGUUUCACACGCACCCCGCCAUCAUCGAUGCUUUGACUCAGUCUUGCGGAUUCACGAUGAAUUGCAACGAUGCAACAGAUCUGGACUUUCAAGUAUACAUGAAUCAUGGAUGGAGCAGUUUCUCAAUAUUCGAACAUUUGGAUUUCGACAAGGUUUACACAACCUACACACGCAUGGAGCAAGGAGCCAACAAACUAUGGCACGGUGACGUGACGAUAUUCGAUGGGGACAAUGUUGUUGCGUUCUUCGGGCGGAUUGCAAUCCAGGGUGUGCCGAGAAAGGCGCUAAAGGCCAUCUUAUCCAUUGAGAGUGGGCUUCAGUCCAAGAAACAGCUCCAGUCUUCAAGAACAGCCGUAGCUCCUCCUGAGACGCAUUUUUCGGAACCACCGGUAACAGAAGCUGGCCGAGCAUCCCGUGGAUACAAAUCUGCCGCGAUCAAGUUUACAGAGGCAAUGUCCAUCAUCGCAGAGGCCAGCGGAAUUGACGAAGCAGAAUUGACUGAUGACACGGCAUUUGCCGAUGUUGGUAUUGAUUCACUGAUGGGUUUAACCAUUUCAGCAUGCUUGAGAGAGAGGCUUGGUCUUGAUAUCGAAUUUCACUCGUUCAUCUUCGACUUCCCCACUGUUGGAGAUCUAAAGGUCCACUUAGAGAGCUCUGCUGAGUCGCCCGAAGACUCAGAGACUACCAGCCCUUCAAUUUCUGGAUUGAAUAUCACUACACCUAGCUCUGAUGAUUCUGCUGCAUCCUCUGGGGUCGACUUCCAACGUGUACUGGAAAUCAUAUCUGAGGAGAGCGGCGUCGCGACUGCUGAUCUCACUGACGACUCUGAAUUCGCGGAUUCAGGCGUAGACUCCCUUCUAUCGAUCGUCGUCACAAGUCGGAUGCAAGAAGAACUAGGGCUGAACAUCACACAUGAAUCUCUUUUCAUUGAGUGCCCAACAGUACUUGAUCUGAAGCUGAUGCUAUCAAGUGGUCUGUCAUCUUAUGAUCGAUCCGCUAUCAGGGUUCAGACCGAGCCGCUCGCUGGUACCACUAAUCGAUUGCGUCCGGCAACAGUGCAAUGUCCGGUCCAAAAUACUACUGAAAAAGAUCUGGGAGCUCGCAAGGAGAAGAUCGACCAAUAUAUACAGAAGUACUCCGCUGGAUUUUCGGUUCCUGCUCCAUGUCAUUCGUCCCAACUCUCCCACGAGCCGGAGAAAGUGGUAAUGGUCACAGGCGCUUCUGGAAGUCUCGGUGCAAACUUGGUGAAUCAUCUCACUCAGCUUCCGGAUGUGAAGACAGUUGUGUGUCUCAAUCGCGAGAACAGAGAGGAGCCGUAUGUUCGUCAACAGAAGUCUAUGCGAGACAAGGGGAUUCGAUUCCCCGAGCGACUCAAGGUUAAGCUUUGUGUGAUUCAGACUGACAGCUCGAAAUCCAUGCUUGGGCUGGGAAGAGCAAAAUACGACGAACUCGCAGGCUCCGUCACGCAUAUCGUUCACAGCGGAUGGCCUAUGAGCGCAAAAAGACCUCUCUCAGGCUUUGAAUCCCAGUUCCAGGUAAUGCGUAAUCUCAUCGACUUUUCCUGCAACAUUGCCGCCCGGCGCCCCAACACCUUCAAAGUUGGAUUUCAAAUGAUCUCCUCCAUUGGGGUCGUAGGGCGCUAUGAACUUGAGGACUCGAAGCAUCGAGUCAUGGUACCGGAAGCUAGAGUUAAGAUUGAAUCAGUAUUGCCCAAUGGUUAUAGUGAAGCAAAAUGGGGUUGCGAACAGAUGAUCGCCAAUACUCUCCAACAACAUCCUCACCGAUUCCGGGCCACGGUUGUUCGACUCGGACAGAUUGCUGGCUCAAGGACCAGCGGGUACUGGAACCCAAUGGAGCACUUCGGAUUCUUGAUCAAGUCGUCGCAAACACUAAACGCGCUACCCGAUGUGCCGGGAACAGCAUUUUGGACUACUGUUGACGAUAUUGCCGCCACACUCUCGGAACUGGUGCUUGCCGAUUGUACACCAUAUCCUGUAUAUCACAUCGAAAACCCUGCAGGGCAGUCAUGGAAGACGCUCAAUUCCAUUCUUGGUACUGCACUGAACAUUACCAACUUCAUCCCCUUCGAAGAAUGGGUCGAACGUGUGCGAGCAGCACCAAAACAGAACAACCCCGCUUCCUCGCUUCUGAAUUUUCUGGACGACAACUAUCUACGCAUGUCCUGUGGCGGUUUAGUGCUGGAUGUGCGAUGCACGCUGGAGCACUCAAGUACAUUAAGAGCCGUAGGGCCUGUCAGUGAGGAAGUGGUGAGGAAAUAUGUUCACAUAUGGCGCGAAAUUGGGUUUUUGAGCUGA